CUCUUUCGUAUGUCACUUUGGGGGGUUGCAACAGAUUACAAAUUUAGCCUGCUACCGCUGUUUUUAAUGGCGACGACGACGACGAUGAUUAUGAUGAUGAUGGCGACGUUCUUAUGAAAUGGCGAUAUCUUUGAUCUCACAUAAACACGCAAAAUAUAACCCAAGAGCUCCACUGUGGUUGCGUCUGGUCCUAAUCUGCAAGCACACAUUUUCUUGUGCGGUCGUCUUUGGAGGUUCGUAAGGGCAGGUCCCACCGCAGUCCCAACACAGCCAGAUUUGCCUCUCUAUAUAUAAAGAGACUGUGAGGCUCCGCUCUCCACUCGCUCCAUCUCCUCUUUGGUGGUCCACCCUCCCCACGUCCUUUCCGUACUCCUCGUAAUCGUCUCUCCAGGUCGCCGUGAUGGAGGUCACUCCUCACCUGCUCAUUCUCCUCGCCUGCCUGUUCGCCCUCCUGCUCACAUCAGGCCAUGCUUUGGAAUGUCAUGUGUGUAAUGGCGUCGAUCAAUGCAAGAAUUCGAAACCAAUCAAGUGUCCAGCUGACAAGGCCAUCCACUGCAUCACGGAUUUCAACGGAACCAGAAAAGGUUGCGAGGACAGUUGCAAAAAUGCAUCCAUAUGCUGCAACUCUGACAACUGCAACAGCGGAUCCGCACGGGGCUUGUCUGACCCCCUCUUUCAAAGCCUGACCCUGCCUCUCCUGACCACCACGAUGUUUCUGCUGAAAGGCUAAAAUGGGGCUCGGAGCGCGGCGGCCACGACAGUGAUAGCAGAUGCAUUCGUAACGUAGUUAUUAUUGUAUGACACACACACACAUACAACGUACACCUUUGCGUAUUAAGAUUUUAUUAAAACUUGUUGAGACCAUCGCCUGUUGAUGUUCCCAUGGCACACAAUUACGGUAUAACACAGUGCUGAUGUUUACACAUCGCACUUCGGUAUUCACUUAUGGCUGAGUCGCACUAAGGAAAACCCCAGGAUCUAGAUUAAGACGUUCGCCACUGCUAUUUGGUCGUGAGCGGGAAUCGAACUCGGGUCGACGGAAUGGUUCGAAGCGCAAUCCGCCACCGCUCCGCACACAAACAGCGCACGUGCUCAGGUGAAGGCGUCUCUCAUGAAGUUUGUGUGUCUGCAAUGAGCCUAUUGAUAAAUACUCGCCCCAACCCCUUCUGAAGUAAUUCGCUUUAACAUUGUGAUCCUGUCCGGCUGCGAAAAAAUAAAUAAAAGUACUUUGAAAACAAA